UUCAUUCUGAACCACGACCAGAUCGUAUCUUUCCCAAUCUUGGAUCCCUUUACUAGAGCGUCAUGUCUCGUCAAAUGUCCGCCGAUCUGGAAGGAAUCAAGACAGAAAUCGUGAUCCAGACUUUCUCGGACCGUGUGCUUGUCCUCGUUACUCAGUUGGGAAAAGUGGGGACUUUGAUUCAAGCUUCAAUUCCGGAAACCAUCCCGUUAUCGCCUGCCGCUGAGGAUUCUUCUCAGCCGAACUCUCUCGCUCUGCCGGAACCCCCUGCAGCGGUUCAGUUGACUCCGUUGUUCGGAAAUGCGCCAUCGGAACAUAUACAAACACUUCAUUCACUAUAUGCUGCGCAGAUCGCAACCAUUGUAUGGACAUGCGACGGUUCCAGUCCUCUUGAUGUGACCCGAAAGAGCGUUAUAACUGGAAUCGCGCUUCGCAAGAGUCCAUCUACAGCGGAACUAGGAGUUACCGAGGCAGAGAGGCGUACCUUCACAGGCGUGAUGUCAAUGAUUAUGAAACUGCUGGCGCGCGAAUCUCCGAGUUCGCAUGACCAAAACCCCAAGUAGCGGAUUCCAACUGGCUAGCGCGGCUGUAUUCUACCCUCAGUGUUGUACGGACAGUCUACGCGACCAAACGGACCGCUGGUUCGGCAAUAAAAACGUACGAUUUGGACGAGAGUAACGUGCGCGAAGCCACACUGGAAAAGCUUAUCAGGAGCUUAGUCAGAGAUUUUCCUGAGUCAAUGGAAAGCGAACGUGGGCGAUGCGUUUGCCGUUGGAACAAUACUCGUAAGGCCGACUCGUCCCACUUCGAUCCUUGCCACUUGCCACCACAAGAUUACUAGCUUCUCUUCCCUUAACAUGGAUAUCGGUCGAUUCCUGGCUCCGCACAGCGCUGAAGCUCGCGCGAAUGUUUCUGCUUCUGAAAGUCUCGACUGGGAUCAUAUUGACGAAACUGUCAUCGCUCUAUGUGCCUCUUACCGAAGCUUUGAGAAAUAUCUUUCAGGCGAAGAUAUUUUCAUUCAUCCGAGAACAAGACGAGACCUGGAAAGUGUCCUUCGCCGUUACAGCACGAACGCCAUUCACAACACGAUUGCUAAAAGUCGCACGCCGCUCGAACCAGGCGGAUACUCGCGACUCUGCCAUCUGGCUUCAGAAUCCAUUGCGGCCGUUCUUGAUAGCGGAGAUAACGUAGCCUACCUGCUGAACCUGCACGCCUCAAAAACGGCACCAGGUCACACACAAUCAGCAUCCACCACCUGACUCCCUGGCUCGGCGCACGUUUCUCCCCAGGCUUCCGUUUUAGUGUGUCACUGUUCAUCGUCUCUUGUAGCACCAAUCUGUCUCCGCAUUUUCCCUCGUACUGUUAUCUCCACGCCAGUUCUGACUUUAGCACAUAUUUGCCGUUGUUAUCCAUAUAUCAUCACUGAUAGACUUGUAUCUUUCUCUCCUCCUGUGCCGUGCUCAGUGCCAGGGUCCCGCGUUUCUCUACACUUCACCGCCCGUCAUCGGCCAUGUUCUUUUCCCCUAGUCUCCUUCUGCUGCUGUGUCUGGAUUUGCUAGGGGCACGUGGAGCUCCAACACAAGAACCCUUCCAAGUCCCAAAUGUUGCCAAGCCACGAAAGUUACGCGGCAACUUCCUGCACAUCACCGACAUUCAUCCCGACCCCGCAUACCGCCCGAAGACGUCGGAGGCUACUAGUUGUCACAGAAAGAAGGGCAAGAAAAAGAAGAAUGUUUCUGGGUUGUAUGGGGUCCCUUAUUCCGAAUGCGACUCUCCGUUUUCCUUGAUCAACCACACCCUUGAUUUCAUUGAAAAGAAGUGGGCUUCUGAGAUCGACUUCGUAGUUUGGACAGGAGAUAAUGCAAGACACGACAAUGACCGCAAAUUGCCCCGCACGCCCAAAGAAAUUUAUGAUCUUAAUCGGGGUGUGGCGAGCAAGAUGACGUCAAUCUUCACUUCGAGGGGGAUUCCAGUCAUACCGAGCAUUGGAAAUAAUGAUGUCUGGCCAAGAACAUCAUGCUUCCUGGUCCCAGUAGCACUACAAACGAAUUUGCUUCCAUCUGGAAGAACUUUAUUCCCUUCCAGUAUCUGCAAAUAUUCCAGCGUGGGGCAUACUAUGCCGUAGAAGUCGUCCCAGACUCUUUGGCAGUCGUCAGCCUGAAUACCAUGUAUUUCUAUCACUCCAACAAAGCCGUGAGUGGUUGCAGUUUCAAGGAGCGAGACGACGCCGGCAACCUUGAAUUCGACUGGUUGGAGGUUCAAUUGAAAGGAUUCAGGACUCGAGGCAUGCAGGUCUGGCUGACAGGACACGUCCCUCCUUCGAUAGACAACUACCACCCUGAAUGUUACGUGCGAUACACAGAGCUGGCCCUCAGAUUUCAAGAUACGAUUCUCGGGCAUCUGUACGGGCACAUGAAUGCAGACCAUUUCUUCUUUUUGGAAGCGAGCGACUUGUCCAUCAUCAAACCAGCUGAAUCCCAACUAUCAGUGGAUCUCUUCGACAGCUUAGUCGCCGACUUUGCCAGUAUGCCAAAAGCAAAGAAGAUGAAUCUCGACGAUUAUGCGGUCAUCAACGUGUCUCCCGCAGUCGUACCCAACCCCUAUCUUCCCAGUUUCCGCAUAUUUUCAUACAAUACGACGGGACCAGUCCAAGAUCUUAACGAAAUCUUGAAGAAGAAGAAAAAAGAAAAGUCCAGGCAUCCUCGGGGAGACGGCAACAAGACCGAGCUUUGCAAAAUGGAUCAAUAUCGUGACACCUGGAAAUGCCAUCUGAACGAGCCCUGGCAUUCAGAUCCAGAUUCUCCUUCCCGGCGAAACCAAUUGUGGACGCCGCUUGGCUAUGCUCAGUACUACAUUCCGCAUCUGGAAGAAGCAAACAAGACGCACGCUCCCAAGUUCAAAUUGGAAUAUCUGACAUACAAGUCCACGAUGAUGGCGUCCAACGAUUCGUGCCCCGUGCCUCUCAAGAAUUUGCCGAAGGAGCUCAAGAAACGUCAUACAGCGUACGGAAUGAGUGAUUUGACAGUGGGUGCUUGGAUUGGUCUGGCAAGGAAAUUGGGCGAAGGGAAGAGUGAACGUCUUCGUGUUCUGUUCAAGGAGUGGAUGUAUAUGGGGGCGGGCGAGGAUAGGGAUUGAGAGCGUAUAUAUCCUGGCCGCGUUUUUGUAUUGCCGCUGGUCAGGGUCGGACUCUACGAUACGUGUAACGACAGACUUGGUCACGAAUUCGUCUCGGAUUGCUGCAGCUUAGCAUGUUGCUCCCAUUUCCACUUCAGCAGUUCAAAUAGACGAUCUUCGCGAGGGAUAUUGGAGCGUGGGUGGUUUUCGUGCAGGAAAUACGCUCCUACGCCUGUUCUGCGUCGGGAUAGCACCAUCAGCCGGCAGAGAAGUACAAGAUGUGUCUUACAGGAUCCCCAGACCAAAAUCGAGAGACCUGUCAGAGACGCAGGUUCAUGACUGAGUAAUGGUGAAGAAGCUACGCGCGACGCACCGCGACAAGAGAAUGGGAGCCAUGAAGGGACCGUGACACUAUUUGCACUUGAAUACCGACGUGAUCGUGACGCGCGCACCCACGCGAUCCAGCACAUCUCCAUGUCCCAAUCGGCCAAAAUCGAGGAGAUCAUAGACACCACCGAGGACCAUCUGUCGGAGUCGGAGUCGGAUGCAGGGGAGGAAAACGAAGACGAAUCUGCCGUGGCUCUUCCCUCAGAGUCGCAGAACAAGAAGAAGAAGAAGAAGAAAUCUAAAGCAGCCAGGGCUUUGGCUGCGCUGCGGGGCAAGCCUGAGGUACCCCAGGCUAUCGUGGAUCAGGUUCUCGAUCGCGUGAAGGCCGAGGGCGCGCCGGGAAGCGAGCAGGCUGAUGAGGCCACUGUUCGGUUAGCGUUGGAGCAGAUGAGGAUCAUGGACGUCGUGCAAGGCAAGGCGGGCCCCGGGGGACACAACAAGAAGGACAUGGGGGCACAUAAGUUCUGGGCCACACAACCUGUCCCUCAGCCAGGGGAGGGUCCGCCACUAGAUGACGGAUAUAUCGAGGCCUCUGUGUCACCAGACCAGGUUCGACAAGAGCCGUACCCAAUACCCAAGGACUUCGAGUGGUCGAUCGUCGACAUAGAUGACCCCAAGCAGAAUCAAGAAGUGUACGAUCUGCUCUCCUUGCACUACGUGGAGGACGACGAUGCCUCGUUCCGUUUCCAAUAUACCGCAGAAUUCUUCCAGUGGGCACUCAAACCUCCCGGCUAUUUCAAGGAAUGGCAUGUGGGCGUGCGCGUUUCCUCAAACAAAAAGCUAGUGGCUUUCAUCUCAGGAGUUCCGAUGACGUUGCGAGUACGGGGCAAGACCUUCACGGCCAGCGAAAUCAACUAUCUCUGUGUGCACAAAAAACUGCGGUCGAAGCGACUGGCGCCUGUACUGAUCAAGGAGGUGACGCGCCAAGUUCACCUCAAAGGAAUCUUCCAGGCGAUCUAUACCGCUGGAGUCGUCAUUCCCACACCCAUCGCUGUCUGCCGAUACAAUCACCGGUCGCUCAAUAUUUCUAAGCUGGUUGACGUCGGGUUUACCUUCGUGCCACGGAACAUGACGAUCGCACGCAUGAUUCGCGACAAUCGAGUGCCCGACAGUCCCAUACUGAACAUCAGGCCCAUGCAGGAGAAGGAUGUCGUCGGUGUCGCUGAACUGUACACGAAAUACAUGGCCAGGUUCGAUAUGUUCCCAGUCUUGAACCUGGAUGAGGUCAGGCACCAGUUCUUGAGUGGUCAGGGGACUGGGCCGGUCAAGGAUGGACGGAGAGAAGCCCAGGUCGUGUGGACGUAUGUCGUCGAGGACCCCGCAACACAACGCAUCACGGACUUUUUCUCGUUCUACUUCCUCCCCUCGACCAUCAUCAACAACGCGAAACAUCCCGUGCUGAACGCGGCCUACCUGUACUACUACGCGACUGAGGUAGCGUUCGAGGAGGGGAGCGAGGAAGACGGGCGGCUGAAGGAGCGUCUCCGGAUCCUCAUCGGCGAUGCGCUUGUGAUCGCGAACCAGGCCAAGAUGGAUGUGUUCAACGCUCUGACCCUGAUGGACAAUGUGUCGAUCCUGCGUGAGCUGAAGUUUGGGCCUGGCGACGGAUACCUCAACUUUUAUUUGUACAACUGGCGGACUGCGAAGCUGGCCGGCAUGACCGCCGAGGGAGAUACCAAACCCGGAAAGGGUGUCGGAGUGGUCAUGUUGUGACCACUUUCGGAAUCAGAAUGUGUACAAGGAUGCGCUGCUUGUUUCUAUCCGAAAGCGUUUACUACUACAGAUCAUGUUGUGUGCUGUGUAA